GGAAGAGACCGGUCGGUCGGUCGGUAGAUUACACCAUGAGUACACUGCAAACUAAAGACAAGGAAGAAUGAAAGUAGAGGAGUCAGCAGGGACAGAAUGGAGUGGGACAACUGGACUUUUAUUAUGGGAUUGAAAAAACGCACCAGGAAGGCUUUUGGGAUACGAAAGAAAGAGAAGGACAACGACUCAACAGGGUCUCCAGACAGGGAAAGUGGUUCUCAGAAGAAGACAAACGGAGCCCCGAAUGGCUUCUACGGCGAUAUCGACUGGGAAAGAUAUAACUCUCCAGAGGUGGAUGAUGAAGGCUACAGUAUCAGACCUGAAGAUGAGUGUGAAGAAGGAGCCUCACCUACAAAAAAGCCCCACUUCUUCUCCUCUGAUGAGUCUGAGGAGGAGGAGGACCACAAGAAGAAAUUUAAAAUCAAAAUCAAACCGCUGCCAGCUGAUUGCGUCAUAGCAGCUCCCUCGGUGGAUGAGCUCAAAGCCUCCAUAGGCAACAUCGCCCUGUCCCCAUCUCCUAUGAGGAGUCCGAGACGUAGCCCGGGUUUGAAAAGGAACACAUCGAGUGAGGAAAUUGCCAGACCGAGGCGUGUCGCUCCUGCUGCUCCCACAGUGCCCCCAACACACACUCCAGCCCCACGACCACCCAGCUGCCUGACACUUCCUGUCUUGGUUCUUUCUGAGCCCGAUGUGUGGGGGACUUCUCUCCCAGAGCCUGAAUCCUCUUUAACGAGGUCCUUCCCCACAGGAAGUCCUCCUCCACUUCCACCCAAGAAUGUUCCAACCUCCCCCCCAACAACCGGAGCUCCCUCUGAAGACAUCGCAGAAGCAGCAGCAGCAGAUGCCGGCAGCACAAGCAGGAAGCCGUCCAUAGCAGACCUGGACAACAUCUUUGGACCGGAGGAUGCUCCCUCUGCUGGCGAAGCAGCAGAGGAAAAGUGGGUCUGCUUCAGUGAACAUUCUCCUGCUGGACCACCUGCACCAAAGGAACCUGCACCACAGAUGCCCUCCUCCCCACCCCCACCUGAAGAACCAGCGCCUCCACCACCGGCCUCCCCACCUUCCUCUGAAUCCCCUGCUCCCCCCCUGCCUAUAUCGCUUACCUCUCUGCCAAGCUCUCUUUCUCCAAAAGAAGACUCACCUCCUCCUCUUCCAACCUCCCCGCCUCCAUCAGAAGAGCCCGUUCUUCCUCCUGUCCGAUCAAGCCCUUCUUCACCAGAAGAUAAAAAUCCACCCAUAGUUGCCAGCUUACCCUCUCCUGCAUCAAAGGAGCAGACAUCACCUCCAGCAUCCUCUCCUCCUCUUCUCAGCUCACCGGUCGGUGUCCCACCAGUCCCAGCCCCAAAGCAGGGCACCUCUGCUGUGGUGACCCCACCGUCUGAGGAACCCACUGCUUGCUCAGUCCCACCACCUCUUGUUCUCCCUCAAGAGGAGCCGCCUAAGAACACAAACGCCUCUCAUCCCAAAGAGGAAAGAGGGGAAGAAGCAGCCACCUCUCCCAAAGAUGCCAGCCAGGGAAGUCGGAGCACACCACCACCUCCUCCACCUCCUCCAACAUACCGUGCAGUAGUGUCAUCACCGGGUCCCACAACUGGAGCAGGUGGCACAAACAGUGGUUCCUCCUCACCUGUCAGACCUUCCACUCCGUCAUCAGUCAAUCCAACCCCACCGCCACCUCCGCCUCGCCCCCCUUCGCGACCCAAACUUCCUCCUGGAAAACCUUCUGUGGGAGAUGUGAGUCGGCCUUUCAGCCCACCAAUCCACUCAGCUAGUCCCCCUCCCAUUGCCCCGUUGGCGCGAGCCGAGAGCACCUCCUCAAUCUCCUCCACCAACUCCCUGAGUGCCGCCACCACACCAACUGUCAGCAAGGAGUUGUGUGUUUCUGUGUCAGAAGAUGAUGCUUAUGUAGACAAACUGCCCACCUUUGAGAGACACUUUGAUUCAUUUGCAGAGAAUGACCAGCCAUCCCUUGUUUGGUUUGACAGAGGGAAGUUUUAUUUAACCUUUGAAGGCUGCUCCCGAGGACCGAGUCCUCUCACCAUGGGAGCCCAGGACACACUUCCUGUUGCUGCUGCUUUCACAGAAACAGUCAAUGCCUUGUUUAAAGGAGCUGACCCAAGCAAGUGUGUUGUGAAGAUCAUAGGUGAGAUGGUUUUAUCGUUUCCGGCGGGAAUUACACGGCAUUUUGCCAAUAACCCAUCCCCUGCCGUGCUAACCUUCAGCAUAACCAACUACAGCCGACUGGAGCAUGUCCUGCCUAACCCCCAGCUGCUCUGCUGUGACACCACCACACAAGCCAAGGCUGAUGCAAAGGACUUCUGGGUUAAUAUGCCAAACCUAAUAUCUCAUCUAAAGAAGGUGGCCGAGCAGAAGCCGCAGGCGACAUACUACAAUGUGGACAUGCUCAAGUAUCAGGUAUCAACAAAGGGCCUCCAGUCGGCUCCUCUGAACCUGGCUGUGAGCUGGAGAUGUGAGCCCACCAGCACUGACCUGAGGAUAGAUUACAAAUACAACGGGGAGGCCAUGUCCACGCCGAUUGCUCUAAACAACGUCCAGUUCCUCGUUCCAAUCGAUGGGGGCGUUUCUAAAUUACAGGCUAUCCUACCUCCUGCUGUAUGGAAUGCAGAGCAGCAGAGAAUCUUAUGGAAGAUCCCUGAUAUUUCCAAGAAAUCAGAAAACGGAGGUGUGGGGUCCUUAUUAGCACGCUUCCAGCUAACAGAGGGUCCCAGUAAACCGGCUCCACUGGCAGUGCAGUUCACCAGUGAGGGCAGCAACCUGUCAGGAUGUGACAUUGAACUGGCUGGACCAGGAUAUCGCUUUUCUCUAGUUAAAAAGAGGUUUGCUGCAGGAAAAUAUCUGGCUGAAAAAUGACCCCCACCAAGAGCGGCACUGUUGAACAGAACGUCUAUCGUGGACCAAGGUUAGCAGCGUGACCGGAGGACAGACCUAAACCAGACACUCCUGUAACCCUUUUUGAACCCAAUCGACAGGUUUGCAGCCUAUCCAGCAGUAUUGUAUAACUUACGUAUAGCAUUGUGGAACUGUUUCACGUCAUGUAACUAUAGUAUUUGUACACAUCUCAUACAUAACAUUUGUGUUGCUGCAGUUAGACAGCUGGGUUCUUUCCUUCUCUAAAGUCUGUGCCUCUGUCUCCAUCCUCCUCUGGUCAGUGUCUGGUUGUGUUGUUAAAGUUUUCACUGCAGCUGCCUGACAGAAGACCUGGACAGAGUAUUUUUCCUUUGUUCUGUGACAAACUUUUCCACAAUCGUACAUCUCAGUUUACAAAGAGUAAAACCAGUACCGUACGGAGCCCCUAAAGGGACAUGGAGGG